GAAAAACAAAUCGUUAAACGAUUUUCAAAACGAGCGCGCGUAAAAGCUGUAAAAAAUUUGAAAAAAUCAAACGAAAAUGUUAUAUAAAAGAAAAUUGCAAAUAAAAUUGAAUAAAUCAGCAAUAUUAACAGUGACGGCUAUAACAAUUUGUAAAAAUUUAAACGAAUUUUAUUGAAAUAGAAAAAAGUUGUUCAAUUUAAGUGAUAAAAUUUCAAAACGAAUUAAAUGUUACCCUGGUUACCAUUAAAUUUAUUAUGGUAUCAUCUCGGGAACGUAAUAACAAACGUCAAAAUUUAUGUUCAAAUAGAAAUAAAUUGAGUAAAUGUCAUUUAAACGUGGCAAGUGAAAAUAAUACAUUAGAAACUCAGCGUAAUCAAGAACAUAGUAAAAUUAUAAUAAAUUCUUUGUCUUACGGUUUGAACUCUACCAUUUUGUUGACACAUAAAAUGUUAAAUCGUAAAGGUUCUUAUACCGUAACACCAACAAAAAUGUCAACUGCCAUCAUAACAUCACCAGCAGUUUCAACGCUAAGAACAUUAGCAACAGCAACAUCCUCCAUUCCACAAACAAUUUCAUGCACUACAAAAUCAUCAACAUCGCCAUCACCAUCAUCAUCUGCAUCUUCAUCAUCCACCUUGUCAACGACAUCAUCAUCGUCAUCAUCAGCUGCUGCUGUUGCAACUUUAACCAUGACCAGAAAACGUUGUUUAUUAUUGGCAAAAUCUGCAUCUGCAGCCUCUACAUUACAACAGCGUCGUCAAAGAUACACACGUACAACGACAACAAAUGACGCUAUUAAUGUCAUUGGCAUACGUAAUGGUUUUCCAACAAAUUUGUCUCAUCAAAUUCGUGCAGUUUCAAGUCCAUCCCUAACCUCUGAUAUUACUACCCCAGCAGGAACAGCAACAGCCAACAAUAAUGUCCCCGAACACCAAAGAGUACCAUCUAGUAAUUCAUCAUAUACCACAACUAGUCAUGAGGAUUGCCAAACCACUAACCAACAUAAUACUGCCGCCUCCACCUCAUCCUCCUCCUCAGCCAGUUCAACACAAAAUGUUGGAGUUUUACAGAAAUUCAAACGCACAUUAACCAAUUUCAACAAACAUCAACCGUCAGUCAAUGCCACAAAUCAAACACCAGCAACUACAUCAGUUCCAAACACCUCAACAACAACAACAGCAGCAGCAGCAGCAGGAGUUUCAGACUCUUCUGCCUUUCUAAUGGCCGGCGAUACAGAAAUGCAAACGGAUGUUACAGAUGGCUGUAGCAAUACGGCUGUUAGUAAUAAAUAUAGAUUUGGCCCCUUAGUAUGGCGUACAUCAAAGGAACGACGUAAAACAAAAUAUAAUCGUCGUGAUAAAUGUAACAGUGGUGAUUCGGGCAUACAAAUUGAAUUAGAGAAUGAUGAACAAUUUGCUCGAGUUUUGGCGGCUGGUGGCAGUAGUGUUGCCAAUCUUAAUGGCAGUUUGUUUAAUAGAAAACAAGAAGGAAUGAGUUCCCUGCGUGUACGUGCCGUACGACGAACCAAUUCCGCCAAAGUGACAUCAAUAAUAGAUGAAAAUACUUCUGCAUCGACCACACAUUCGAGCAAAGUAAAUAUACUAAAACGCAUGGACAUGCAUAAUGAGAGAGAAGCACCCGAGUCAUUACCCACACGUUCUAUAAGUCAACCCAAUGGUCUAGAGUCUUGUGGUAUGACACGCAACGAUUUGGACGAUAGUGACAGUGAUAGUGUAACAUCACAUGAAGAAGCAUCCAGUUAUUAUCCCAUUUAUGCUGAAGUAUUAUACAAUUUUACUGCAGCCGGACCACAAGAGUUGGGCUUAGAAAAGGGUACAUUAAUUGAAAUACUACGUAAAGAAAUUGGUCCCUGGUGGUUUGGUCGCAUUAAAAAAGAAGAUGCCAGUUUAGUGGAGGAAAUAUUAGAUCCUGAAUUGGGUUGGUUCCCAAAAGAGUUUGUACGUGUUAUACAUUCGCCCGAAACGGAUUUCUUCUAUCUGCAACACAUGGCCGAACAGCAACAACAACAACAACAGCAGCAACAGCAACAACAGAACACAGCAAACCAGCUAAGUCAUGAAUUUAAUGAGAAUAAUUCGCAAAGCGGAAAUCAUACAUUGAAUACAUCAUCAAGUGCUCCUUGUGCACUUGACAAUAGCAACAGCAGCAUGGAAGAUAAUUGUAAUACCACCGUAAUUGAUCAGCAUAAUGUCACAACCAUUGUAAUUGAAUCAUCAUCAUCAUCACCACCCUCAUCAUUGACGACGACCUCGACACCUCAUUUUGUGGGCCUAGCAACUAAUACGUCUAAUAAUGAUGCUGCAACAGUCAAUAAUACAACAACAACCUUAACAGCCAAUACUAACAGCACACAAGCCAUUCUAUCGACAUCUCAAAGUCUUAAUGUCAUUAUGGAUAGUGCCGAUUUGUUGCGUCGAAGUGCUGUUAAAGAACUAUUGGAUACGGAAGUUAAUUAUGUGAAAUUAUUGUCGGCCAUAUGUGAGGGUUAUUUGCCUGCUAUGAGCAAACGUAUCGAUAUCUUUUCACCCAAUAGUAUACGUUUGAUUUUCUCCAAUAUAACAGCGAUUUAUAAGUUUCAACGUAAAUUUUUAGAAGCCUUACGCAAGGGCAUCGAACAAAAUCAGGUGGCUAAAGUAUUUUUGAAAAUGCAUAAGGGAUUCUUAUGUUAUUCAACAUAUUGCAAUUCAUAUCCCCGGGCCUUAAUUGAAUUGGCUUCCUAUGAGAGAGUUAAAGAUGCUCGCACAAUAUUGGAUAAUUGUCGAGAAUUGGAAAAUUUAGCUGAAUUACCCCUCUCCGCUCAUUUGUUGGCACCAGUGCAACGCAUUUGCCGCUAUCCUUUGCACUUGGGAGAAAUGAUUAAAAGUUCGGCCAAGGGUGCAGAACCACCAGCAUUCGCUCUCCAUGAAUAUGAACAAAUCGAUGUUAGUCAAUUGGAUAUACCCGAUACCACGGAGACCAUUGAUAUGGCUCUAGAAGCCAUGAAAUCUGUUACCGAAGCUGUUAAUGAAGGCAAACGUCAUAGUGAGACAAUAGCACGUCAUCAGGCUAGUUUUCAAAAUUUCAAAGGACCUCCGCUACACCUACACAGUACACGUUUCUUUGUACAAAUCGAUGCCACGCGCCAGAAACAAAAUCUUUGGAAUAGUAGUUGCACUCUAUUUCUCUUCGAUAACCAAUUGGUGUAUUGUAAGCGAGACAUUAUCAAGAGAUCUAAUUUUAUCUAUAAAGGACGCAUAUUUUUGGAUAGAUGUCGUGUGGUGAAUGUAAGAGAUGGUAAAAUGUUUGGUCAUACCAUUAAAAAUUCCCUAAGGAUUUACUGUGAGGCCAGAGAUAAAUGGUUUGAUUUUAGUUUUCGUUCAGCCAAUCGUAAGCAUAGAUUUUUGAAUACCCUAGCCUUGGAGCGUCAAUUUGGAGGCAAGUCCUUGUAUAUAUCAGAAAUGACAGGAUUUGAAUAUGCUUUCGAGGAAAGAGAUUAUUCCGAUCAAUCGGAUUAUGAGGGCGGUGAUAGUGGUGAACAGAAAUUAAAAGAAUUUUUAUAUGAAACCAAUUUAAAUACCGGCAAUAAUACAAAUACUUCAGGUGAAUCAUCGGUGCCUGAGUCACCAGCCAAAUCCUUUAAAUAUAGUGAUACUUUACCGCAUAAAAAGACACAAAGACUAGAUACUACGUCGAGUGGUCAGGUGAAUGAUAAUCAGACAGGUUCUUUGGGACGCAGACGUUUAGGUAAUUGGUUUAGAAAACCCAAAAGUACCGCCUCCACACCCAAUCAGUCGCCCACACACAAAACCACACAAUCGGCUCAUUCUACAGGAGAUUUACAAUUAACCGGCACUGAUCUUACCGAAACCUAUACGGUAUUAGAACAUACCGAAAAUGGUGGUGUUAGUUCGUAAAUUUAUUGAAAAUUUAAAUUUGCUAAGAAAAUAUUAAGGAAUCUCAGUUUUUUUUUAUUUUAAAAAAAUUUCGUUUCUCUCUAAAACUGUUCUAUCUCUCUCACUCUUUUUCUAUCGCUCUGUGUAAAAAUUUGUUUUAUUUGUACAAAAUAUUUCUAAAUAUAUUGGAAAUGUCAAUUAUAUAAUUGUUGUUUAAAAGAAUUGUUAAUUAUUUUAAAUUUUAAAAGUAAAAAUAUAUUCGCUAUAACUGUUUAUUAUGUAAAAUUUGUUUAUUUUUUUUUUAAUUUAAAAAAGUUUUAAUUGUACAGUUGUAAAUUUUAUUAUUUUUUAUACUUUUUUUUAUAUAUUUAAAUUAUAUUUUAUUUAUUUGUUUUUAAGUUAACAAAACGAACAAACUGGAAGAUUUGAAAUUAAGUCAUUAACCUUUGCUAUUAUUAAGUUUUUAUUUUUUAUAUUUAAGAUAAAAAAUAUUAAAGUUUUUUUUAUUAUAUUUCCUUAACAUUUUUUUAUUUAGUACAUAAAAAACCAAAUAAUUAUUAAAGCAAAACAAUUUUAAAAAAUGUUGAGAAAAAAAAAUAAAAUAAAAAAACAAAAUGUUAACAUUCAAAAAAGCAAUUUUUUUUAUAAAAAUUCAAAUAUAAAAAUUAUUAUUAAACAUUAAAAUAAAAAAAAAGUCCUUAAAAAACCCCACUCAAACAAAAAAAUGACAUUUUAUUAAAAACCUUACUAAAACAUAAGUUUAAAACUAAAAGUAAUAAAAAUACUUAAACAUAAAAAGAAAAACAAGUUUAAAAACACAACAAAUAAUAAGUCUGGUUUAUAAUAAAUGAAACAAACAAAUAGUUAAACUGUUUUGAAAACUAACCCAAAAAAUUUAAAAAAGAAA